AUGCACUUCGUCACCUACGCUACAGCCAGCAUUCUCGCUUUGGCAACUUCUGCGUCGGCAACCUUUGCGCAGGUCAACAACAACUGUCCCGUGCCUAUCUGGAUCACCAUCACGAACUCAAUCCAGCAGCCCAGUCAGUACGCCAUUCCUAUCAAUGGAACAUACCUACAAACUCGCAACGGGGUCGGCAAUGCCUUUGGUCUGAGCAAGACUUCAGCCUAUUUCUCCACUUCAACACCCAAGUGGACUCUAGGCUUCACGGACUCGCCUCAAGAUCAACUCCUCUACUGGUCAGUCAUCAACGCUGAUGGUGACCCGUUCGCUGGGCAGCCUUGGAGCGUUGUGCUAUCGGACCCAAGCUGUGCUCCGUUGACGGCUUACGAUGGAGGCAGGGUGCAUGCCUGUGGAAUCGUUGCCAACCUCACUGUCACUCUCUGCUAG